UCUCUCUAACACACGCUCACAGUGGGACCUUCAGGCUAUACAGGGCAGCCAUGUGAAGCUCUCCUCAGCCAAACUAUCGAAGUCUACUGCAUGUAACGGGAAGAAACGAGAGGAAAAAGAGGAGGAGAAGAGGACAAUCUGAGUGACAGAAAGCGGAGAUGAUGAGAGAAAGAGGGAAGCAGUUGGAAAGAGUAAGGCAGAAAAAGUGAGUGUCACAGGUAGACAGAUACAAGAGGAGAGUGAGUUUACAAGCGCUGAGCAGAGGAGAGGGCUUUAUCUGUACUUUUCACCACAGGCAAGGACUGGACUCACAAACAGCCCGGUGCCAUGACAUUCUGAUAUUACACUGACUGAGAGGAGGAGGGAUAAGGAAGUGGAGAAGGGUGAUAUUUAAACUCUAGUUAUUACAAGAGUUCUCAAGAGAGAAAGACGAAAGAGCAUGGUGAAUUGUUUGAACGGGAGGAGGGACACCAAGCUUUACCUGGAGCUGCCCACAGCCUGAUCACUAUGAGGGAGCAGAGCUUUUGCUUAACACAGUGGAGGAAGAUCAGUAACAGAGCAACCCAGACUGCUGAGAGCCUGACAAAGGCCUAUUGGACUUGACAAACCCCAAAAGAAAGAGAAGCUGGAUGAUGGAAGAUGUGAUGAAGAAGACACGUGAGAGUCAAAAGAGAAGUCAAACCUGAGAGUGAAGGGAGGCAGAAAUGAAAUAAUAUACACUAAUAUCAUAAAAAGAAGAGACGGGACAGAAGAAGAUACAGCUCCAGGAGAGGAAAGGUCAAGACGGAUCCAAAGGAUACGUGCCUUCAGUAUUUGGAGCUCAGCAGACAUAAGCAGUAGUCGCGAUGUUCAUGAACUUCCGUCGUAUCCACAAGUGCCAGUGCAUGCAGCUGCUGACCACAGGCCUGGUGUUAUGUAUGGUGAUGGUCUGCUGGGAGGAGCUGGACCACCAUGUAGUCAGCCACAUGAGAUCCUACACAUAUCGCUACCUGGUCAACAGCUACAACUUUCUCAAUUCUUCCUUUGCCAUCAGCUCCAACCCUCACCACAGAAAGAUUGGUUCAAAUGGUGUGGACAGUGGAUUACGGAACUAUCCAUACCUCAUUAACCACCCAGGUAAAUGUGGUGGUGGAGAUGGGAAAAGCCGUGAUGAUGUCCUGCUGCUUCUGUUUGUGAAAUCAUCACCACAGAACUUCGAGCGGCGCCAGGCCAUCAGGGACACAUGGGGUAAUGAGAGCUUUGUUUGGUCGGAACUGGGGGCAAACGUGAGGAUGGUGUUCGCCCUUGGUGUGCACCCUGAUGAGGGGCGGAGAUCCAGGGUGCAGAGCGCACUGCUGCAGGAGGACCAGGUUUAUGGAGACCUGAUCCAGCAGGAUUUUUUGGAUACCUUUCACAACCUAACUACCAAACUGAUCCUGCAGUUCCACUGGGCUCAUGAGUACUGCUCUCAGGCACGCUUCCUUAUGUCUGCCGAUGAUGACAUCUUCAUCCACAUGCCCAAUUUGGUGAAGUACCUGCUGCAGCUCCUGAGUACACGGUCAGGGGCCAAAGACCUGUGGGUGGGGCAUGUUCACAAAGGAGCCCCUCCGAUUCGCCGUAAAAACAGCAAAUACCAUGUUCCCUAUGAUCUGUACCCCUGGCCUUCCUACCCAGAUUACACUGCUGGAGCGGGGUACGUGGUUUCAGCAGAUGUGGCCGCUAAGAUCUACCAUGCAACUCUGAUGCUGAACUCCUCUAUGUACAUCGACGAUGUCUUCAUGGGGAUUUGUGCCAAGGCCAUGGGGGUCUCUCCCCAGGAGCAUGUGUACUUUUCAGGGGAGGGCAAGGCUCCGUACCACCCCUGCAUCUAUAAUCACAUGAUUACAUCGCACGGUCACGCCACAGAUGUGCGCUUACUGUGGCAGGCAGCAACGGAUCCUACAGUGUACGGCAACUCCAGAGGAUUUAUGGGUAAUGUGUACUGCACAGCAGUGAGAGUGAUGCUGCUGUGUCUACCAUUUUACCAGAACACUUACUCCUGUAUGGCUGCUUUUACCUAAAUGGUUUUAAGACAACGCAAAGACUGCUGAAUGCUAAAUGUACCACACAAACAAAUGAAGGUACCUCACAUAAAGAGUCCGCCAUGUUUUUUCUCUUUCAUGUUAUAUUUCACUGUUUGCUGGCUAUACAAUGUAUUUGCUCUCCUGUAAUAAAGACUAAAGCUGUUCUAUUUAGCAAACAAA